AUGGGGUUCAAAUUCUCCUUUCUGUGUGAUUUACUCUCGAAUCUAGAUAAUACUCGAGUCGUGAAAGCUUCCACCGCAGCCAAGAAUAGCGACUUAGAUAUCAAAGUCGUGACCAGGUGGUUCGCCCAGCAUGAAAAGCGAAUCCACCACAAAGACACGGACCAGCGGGCCCUGCUCUCUUGCCUGUUCCCCGAGAAGCUUCCGGAAAGGGUCUAUUGGCUACAACAUACGUCGCUAGCACGAGUGAUUGGUCGCUGUCUUCUACUCGGGAUGUCGCGAAGAGAGGAACUCGAACGCUGGCGGGUAUCCGGUGGAGUGGACUUGGGAGAAUGCGUGGAGAAUGUGAUGCGACAGGCGGAGAACCAUAUCUGUGAUGGACAAGAGGUCACUGUGGAAGAGAUAGACACGGUGCUGAUACGGCUCGCCUCGCGAUGCAAGUUCUCGGGUUCUCGAGUACGGAGACAGCAUACCGCAGUUGACGUGGAAAAGUGUCUUGGUCCUCUAUAUCGGCGGAUGAGUAGCAGGGACGCGAAAUGGCUCACACGAAUGAUACUGAAGAGCUUUUCUCCGGUUAUGCUGCCGGUGAAUUAUAUUCUGAGGAAGUUCCAUUUCUUGCUUCCGUCUCUGUUUCUUUUCCAGGACUCCUUCGAUUCUGCGUUGGACACGCUAGCCUCCGAGAAGAUUAGUCGGUUUCCCCCUCAUCCUGAGCCAGGGCUGGCACAAGACCUUGCUGCCAUAACCCUGGACUGUCUGAAUCCAAAGAUGGGAGUUAAGAUAGGGCGGCCAGACUACUACAAAGCUCGAAGUAUCAAACACUGCUGUCGAAUGGUAGACCGACGGAGGAUGAGCAUAGAAAGGAAGUAUGAUGGGGAGUACUGCCAAAUACAUAUCGAUCUCUCGAAGCAUCCGAAUAUCCAAAUCUUUUCGAAGAGUGGCAAAGAUUCUACUAUGGAUAGAUCGGGCAUUCACGAAGCUCUCCGGGACGCAUUGAGAAUAGGAAGCCCUAAGUGCAAGUUUUCCAAACGCUGCAUCUUAGAAGGUGAAUUGCUUAUCUGGAGCGACAAACAUGGUAGGAUCAUGAAUUUCCAUAAAUUGCGUAAAUUCAUAUCGCGGUCUGGGACCUUCAUUGGGACGGAAAAUGACUCUCUGCCCCAACCUUACGAACACCUAAUGGUCGUAUUCUUCGAUAUCCUGGCUCUAGACGAUGACGUUUGCCUGAAAAAAGUGCACCGACAGAGGAGGCUUUUGCUGAAAGAUGUAGUACAGCCUAUCCACGGACGCGCCGAUAUUUCAGAACAGCAAAUCCUGGAUUUCUCCCGACCUGACAGUCCGUAUCGGCUUGAAAGGAUCUUCGCAAAGGGUAUCGUACAGCUAUGGGAGGGAUUCGUGUUAAAAGGAUGUGAAGAUCCCUACUUCUCUAUCUUCCCCAGCAACACAAAUGGCACCUUUGGUCGAUGGAUCAAGCUUAAGAAGGAUUACAUACCAGGGCUGGGUGACACAUUGGACCUUGCACUGAUAGGCGCAAAAUAUGAACCUCGAGAUGUCAAUGCGCUAAAACGGAUUCCUAAGCUCCUGUGGACGCACUUUUUCAUCGGCUGUCUACUCAAUAAAAAUGCCGUCUUACAACUUGGAGCUACGCCUCAAUUUCGGGUCGUUGAUGUUAUCGACCACCACUGCAUGAGUUUACAAAAUAUGCAGAUUCUAAAUCAAUUUGGCGAGUUCGUCGCUUGUGACCCGGUUUCCAACCCUGACUCCAAAUUCGAAUACGAGAGAGCGAACCUUCCAUCUAUGGGUGUAAUGUUCAGGACACCUUUUGUUGUUGAAAUGCUGGGGAGCGGCUUUGAAAAGCCCUCAGGGGCCAGGUAUUUCGCGCUGAGAUUUCCUCGCAUAUUAAAAGUUCAUUGGGAUAGGACGUUCCAGGAUGCGACGUCGUUUCAGGAACUGCAGCAGAUGGCAGAAAAAGCGCGGUCAGUUACUGCGGAGGAUGAUUCGUCCCAAGAGCAUUGGUGCAAACGUUUGAAGCUGGCGAACGGAGCAUGCCAGUAUAUCAACCGUGAAUCGCAGAACAUGUUGUCUGAGUCUGGCUCGACAUCUGAAUCGGAUGAUGAAGGUUCUGUUGAAACUACCAACAGCACUGCUAUGCUCCCUACUCCCCCGUGCACCCACGAAUCGGGCACAGCAAUAACCAAUGAUCAUGGAAAUCCCAUCCAAAUAUACAUGGAUAAUACGGCUGGAACCACUUCAUCAACCAGCGUGUCAGGCCUACGUGGAAAUCCUUUGACUGAGAACCCCAACCAGUCGUCUUACCAAAAAGCACGACCACGAAAAGACAACAUACGUCCUGAUAAAUUGGCAGCUUCCGUGUACAUCAAUGAUAUAGAAGGGAAUGUUACUACAAAAAGUCACAAUGCAAAGGUUCCAGCUGCUCCCCGUCCCUUGAAAACUAAUGUCGAUGGGGCUUCUACAAAUAAAACCGGAUACCCUACCCCAACAUCAGCUUCUUCUACUACUAGAGGGCAGCAAUUCGACCUCAAAUCACCUCUCCUAACGCUCCCGCAGUAUCUAUGCCCUUCUUCAACCUCCGACGAAUACCAUCCCACAAACGCAACUCGCAGUCCAGACGACCUCCUGCAGGCAAUGACCUACCAUCCACGCACUACCUCCCAAAACCAAUCUCUAGGCCUAGUCCUAAUCCCCCAACCAUCUACCCUGGGCCUAGAGAUCCUCAAUAUCAUCAAGUCCCUUUCUCAAUCACCUAGGACCGUCCUCAAGUUCCCACCAACCGGCAAAAUCUUCUUCCUCGACUCAAAGGUCCUAAACUUGGGCACUGGACCGGAAGAUACACGAUUCUGUCUUCGCGCAACCUGGGAGAAUAUCAGCAAUGCGUACUUCUAUGCAUGCGUCUCGUGGAGUACUGCCACUGCCAUUGCGGUCACAACGGCACAACCUGUACGCUGGCGAUCGAGUGCGAUUGCGGAUGAGAUUCCUUGUACUAAUCCUGAUGAUGAUAUCACACCGACUUGUUUGCCUAUCUUGGGUCAGACGAAAGGGUUCAAUAUCUCUGUUGGUUUUGAGAAAGAAGAGUUGUGCUGCUUGGGGGAAUUUGUGUUGAUUGAACCGUUGGUGCAUGUUAAUGGGCAAACGUAUACAUCUGAAUGUGAUUAG